UCAGUCUGAAAGUCAUUCACCUUGCAGUUUUCCUCAGAUCAACGCCAAACGGUAGAAUUUUCUGUUCAUAAUGAAGUGCGACGUCGUUAUUGACAGAAUCAAGGCCCGUGUUGCCGGAAUCGACGCCAACGGACCUCGCAAGGUUCUGGGAGUGUUCCAGUUGAACAUCGAAGCUGCCGAUGGUCUUCAUGAGCUGGUUGUUGAUCUGAAGAAGCUGAAGGUUUAUGAGGGAAAGGAAUCUGGAGUCGAUGUGGUCAUCAACAUGACGGAUGAAGACUUCAUUGCCGUUGGAACCAAAACGAUUUCCGUGCACGAUGCUGUUGAACAGGGCAAGGUCAAGAUGACUGGUGACGAAGCUCUCUUCCAGGCUUUGGUUGACGCUAUCUAAAUGGCAUUGGUUCUCGGUUUCUCUGCUAUGGUUCUGACUGGUAUGGUUCAAGCAAGUUAGGAGAUUAAAUUUAAAUUAUUUCCAUGAUAAA